GGUGCAUCAUCUUAACCUGAUAACCAUGAAUAUUAAACUAAUCUCCAAAAGGUAUCUUCUGUAGACGCUAGACUCAAAGAGAAGACUACAGGUGGAAGACAAAAUCUCUGGUGAAAUUAUCCGAGAAUAUUAAUUUCUUGUAGCAUUUUGGGAUGACCUCAGAGCCCAUUUUACUAAUUUGUGCAGUGAAGGCCAAAGGAGAAAGGUCUAUUCUAUUGUUACGUGAAUAGGCUCCUUCAGUGAUAAUACCACCAAUGUCUCUCGCAAUGAAAGCAAGACAGAAGGGGAAAAAGAAAGGAGCCACAAGAGACAAAGUGUUUGGAUGUGAUUUGUUAGAACAUCUGCAGUUAUCUGGACAAGAAGUUCCUCAGGUUUUGAAAAGCUGCACAGAGUUUGUGGAAGAGCAUGGGAUCGUAGAUGGUAUCUACAGGUUAUGUGGCAUCGCCUCCAAUGUACAGAAGUUAAGGCAGGAAUUUGAUAUGGAGCGACCACCUAACCUGAACAAAGACACCUACCUGCAAGAUGUCCAUUGUGUCAGCUCUCUCUGCAAAGCAUACUUUAGAGAACUACCAAAUCCUCUCUUGACAUAUCAGCUAUAUGACAAAUUUGCUGAUGCUGUGGCUGUACAGCUGGAGGAACAGAGGCUUAUAAAAAUCAAGGAGGUGUUGAAGUCUCUUCCACUCCCUCACUACAGGACUCUGGAAUUUCUUAUGAAGCAUUUGGUUCACAUGGCUUCAUUUUGUUCACUGACCAAUAUGCAUGCAAGGAACCUGGCUAUAGUAUGGGCACCUAACUUGCUCAGAUCUAAGGACAUUGAAUCUACUGGUUUUAAUGGCACAGCUGCUUUUAUGGAGGUCAGAAUUCAGUCUAUUGUGGUGGAAUUCAUUCUAACCCAUGUAGAACAGCUGUUUGGAGAUCCACUUGGAAGUGAGACUGCUGGCUGCAUACCUGAAAAUCCUCCGUCAUAUACUCAAGAUGAUUAUCUGUGUUCUCUGACCUACAAUAUACCAAGCAUGUUAAACCAGGGAGAUGGACCUCCUCAGAUUCGUCCUUACCACACCAUAAUAGACAUCUCUGAUCACAAAAGGAAAGGCUCUGUAAAGGCAAAGAAAUGGAAAUCAAUAUUCAACCUUGGAAGAUCCAAUAAUGAUUCUAAGCGCAAAUCAAGCAAACAAAGUGAAAAAGACGAAUCAUUGGCUAAAAUGAGCCUACGACCAGCUAAAAGCAUGGAUUCUCUUAGCUCCGACCCUUAUACAGCUGAUGAACCAAGUAUACUGAUCAGAAAAAAGUCUGCAAAAAGAAGAGAGAGUUUUGAUGCUAAAGACGGCAGUUUCAUAUUUUUGAAAUCCGAUGGAAAAUCCACCCAAAUAGAGUCAAAGAAUUCUAACCAACCAGAAUCUGAAGAGGAAGCUACAGCCAAGUCUGAACCAACAACUCCAAAACCUGGACGAUCUUCUAUAAUUGAGACACCUCAAGGAAGAUCACCAAAAUCCACUCAAAACCGUGCAGAGAAAUGUGUUGGUGUUCAUAUAUCUGGACCAUUUUCUGUUACUCUUCCCUUGCACAUAACCUCCAACCUAUCACGAUUAACCAGAGGAAUGGAAUGUCCAAGCCUGAACUACACUUUUUCACCUAAGAGUUUAGACAGCUCUAAUUUCAGGGAAGAAAGUAAAUGUGAAUUGAAGCAAUUUAAAUCACUGGUGUAUGAACAUGAUGAUAAAGAUGAACCAUGUGAUACACAAACAGAUGCAAAAGAAGAAGCGACUUCAAACAUAGAGACAUAUCGAUUAUCGCUAGAAGUCCAGGACACAUUUUCAUUUUUGGAUAGCCCUGAUACAAAUCAAGAGCUCAGUCUUUCAGAUAUUGAGAAACCAGAAAAGGAGGAUUCCCCAGAGGAAAAAAAGUCUGGAUACACAGAAAGCUGUUUCCCUCUGGAUAAUGAAAUCCUAGAAGAUGAACUGCGCGGUGUGAGUGAUGAUAUGAUUGGGAUUGGCAUGCAGAUAGAAGAAUUUUCUGUGGAGCCACCACCAGACGAUUUAUCAGAAGAUGAUUCAGAUCAGAUGUACUACAUACCAACUGGUUGUUUAGAUAUUGAAUAUCAAUCAAGGGAAAUUGAAGAUAGUUUAGAUGAUGUUUAUCUGAGUGCUUACAAUGAUCUAAGUCCUCUAGUUCAAGAAUUAGAGAAUCCUUUGGAAUUGUUAAAUACAGAAGCAUCAGAAAUGCCUUUAAGUAUUUGUGAACUUCAAAAAGCAAAUUCGAAUGGCUCAGUAUGUCAAAAUUCUGUUGAUGAACUCAAGGAAAUUCAAUCAGACAUACAGCCUACUGUAGGGAACUCAACAGUUGUAGAGGAAGACACUUUAAGUCUUACUUCUGCAUCAACCUCCGGUAAUUCAGAGGAAUCACAAGAUAAUGAGAAAACCUUAGUACAUUGUGAAAAACAAAGUAUUCCAGUAAAGGAAUUUACAAAAGACAACUUUAAGGAUUUAAUAAUAAACUGUGAAGUUGAUUUAUUUCUUAAAGAAAUGAAUGAAGAUAAUUUAAAUGUACCUGCCUUUGAAGACCCUGCAUUAUGUGAGAAUGAUUUGGAAAAUCCCCAAGCUUCAUAUUCAUGCCAUGAAGAAGAUACCAUAGACCAUGGACAGCAAACUCAACCAUGCACUGGAGAAGAGCAAACUUUGACACAUCACAUCCAAAAUGAAUAUGAAAAUGAUUUUAAGUGUCCCCCUAGCUCUUACUUUAAUACUGAAUUUACUUAUGUAGACAGCUAUAGUGUCAACUGUAUGGUUGAAACAAAAGUAGAUAGUAUAUUAUCAGAACCUGAAAAUAUGCAAGGAAUCGGAAGAUUGGACAAUAUGGAUGAAACAAUAACUAACACACCUGCAGAUUACCAAGCAUGUUCUGCAGAGAAAUACAGCACACAGACAAUAACUACAUUUUCAAACGAUGCAGACAGCUUUAGUGUCAAUUGUAUGGCUGAAACAAAAGUAGAUAGCAUAUUAUCAGAACCUGAAAAUAUGCAAGGAAUUGGAAGAUUGGACAAUAUGGAUGAAACAAUAACUAAAACACCUGCAGAUUACCAAACAUGUUCUGCAGGGAAAUACAGCACACAGACAAUAACUAGAUUUUCAAACGAGACAGACAAACAACCAAUCACUGGAAGGUAUCCUGAUGGAAGUGUAUCGAUGAAGCUUACUAACACCACUUAUAAAAUUCAGCAGGUAAAAUCUGUUCCUGUUGUACCACCAAAACCACAAUUUGCUAAGAUUUCACCAGCUCUAAAAAGUAAAAUUCAUGUAAGCCCAGCUUUUACCACAAGUAAGGAUGCUAAGGCCAAUAAAUCAGAAAAUAUUAUAAAUGUGGAUGUUAUAGAUUCAUGUAGUGCUUCUCUCCAAAAACAGAGGAGUGCUAACUGGAAAAGUAGUGGAAGUGUCUCUUUUGAUACUGCUGUGGCUCGAGCCAAAGAAAGGCAAAGCCCAGUGAGACGAAUGCAGACUUACUGUAUUGGGGACACUUUUGAAACCUUGGAUUACUCGAAAGUUGGAAACCCUAACCACAUUCAGUACUUAGGGAACAGAAUAAACAGGCCAUUCAGCUGUGUUGUUCAUCCAAACUCUGCUGAAGUGGUGUCCAAAGGAAACAGUAAUAUAAAUGAUGGAUCCACCAAUACUUUAGUCAUUCAUGGAUCUGACUCAGUGUUUAACCCAGAAUUAGUGAUAAGCACACAAGAACUUCCUGUGAGAAACAGACUAAGCAUGCCAAGGAUAGGAAAACGUUCAAGUAGUGAAGAAGAACCCUGUGGUAUUUCUAUGCAGAACCGUAGAUCAUUAAUUUAAUUUACUAAAAAAGAUGCUUUUUUAAUAUUGUUUAAAGCAAAUAUUUUUUUUAAAUUGAGUUUGAAGAGAUUCUGGAAUUAUGUCAAAAUGUGCAUUCAUACUUUGGAGUACAUGCAGUAGUUAUGUAACGGUAGCAAAAUGUACAUAGAAACCUAUUCACACAUGACAUGAAGAUAUAUAUGUAUGUAUAUAUGUAUGUAUAUAUAUAUAUAUGUGUGUAUGUAUGUAUAUAUAUAUAUAUAUAUAUAUGUGUGUAUAUAUAUAUAUAUAUAUAUAUGUGUGUGUGUAAAUACAGUAUUUAUAUAUACACAAAUGCAUUCAAAGAACACACAUAUUUUGUAUAGGCAGUAUGAAUCUGUAUAUAAAUAAAAGCACUUCCUUCAAAGUAGAAAACAUAAUUAUUCUGCAUAGAGACAUGUAGAUACAUAUAUUCACACAUAGGACUCUGUGGGCCAGAUUACAAGUGGAGUGGUAUUUAACGCUCCUUGCGUCGGGUUGCACUCAAUACAAGUCGCUUGCACACUAACCAGACGCAAGUAAAAAGGUGACUUAGAAUAUUGCAUGCGCAAUAAUGUAUUCCCCAUAGAAGUCAAUAAAGAAAAAAAAUGGAAAAAAACACCCUACUCGCGUGUAAACCCGAUUGCAUAUGUGCGCUUCACAUAGAAGAAUAUGUUCUAUGUAUUUACAAAUACAUAUUUCUACAUACUGUACGUCUGAUGUUUUUUGCACAAAUAAAUAUUAAUACCUAUAUAUAUAUAUAUAUAUAUAUAUAUAUAUUUGUAAAUACAUAGAACAUAUUUUGCUAUUUGCAGAACAUUUGAAUGUGAAAUAGUUACAGUAAAUACACAGUAUAACACUUAAUAUUGCAGAAAUAUGAUUUUUCAUGUUUUCAUCUACUUAACUGCAAAGGGCUCCAAUGCACGUAUAUAUCUCUAUAUGUGUGUGUGUGUACAUAUGUAUUUAUGUGUUUAUAAGUGUAAAUACAUAUAUACACAUACAAAUACAUAAAUACAUAUAUAAACACAAAUAUACACAUAUAUAUAUAUAUAUAAAUAUAUACAUAUACAUAUAUACUUGAGACCUCAUAUCUUUGAGCCCUUAUAACUUUUUUGUGCAAUUUUUUUUAAAAAAAAAUAUUUUUUAUUAUACAGUGUUAUUAUAAGUGUAACUGUAGUUUGUAAUGCAUUUUUUAUGUUUUUUGUGACACUUUUUUGUUUUGCGGAACAGUUAACCAGAGCUCUCAAGCAAUCACGUUUACUUUCAACUUAAUACGAGCGGUAAACCCGACGCAUGCAAACACCCGCAAUAACAGUUACUCGUGAGCGAAAAGGGGUUUAACGAGCCACUCAUAAUCUGGCCCUGUAUUAGCAGAGUUAAAGGGACAUGAAAUUUACUUAAUUCUUUUAGUAUUUACUUCAUUCUUUUGGUAUUCCUUAUUGAAGAGAAUACCAAGGUACCACAACCUACAUACCCGCUUUUCAACAGAAUACCAAGAGAACAAAGUAAAUAUGAUAAUCUAAGAAUAUUUUUAAAUAUGGAUGCCAUGUCCCUUUACAUUUAUACAAUCAGCUCACACAUGGAUGUAAAAGUAUGUAGCUUUAUGUUUACAGUGAAUGUGUAUAUUAUUUAUACUAUUGCAUAGCAUAUGUAUAUUAACAGUCAGGGCUUGACAAACGGCUCCUAAAAUUCUACGUCUGGCUCCUAACUUUUGGAUUAUAAUUUUUUUAUUACAUCCCAAAAUAAACAUAUUCUUGAUAACAAAAAAA